CGGCCUUCUUCUUCUUCUUCUUAUUCUGCCGAUCGAAGUACUGGGGUUGUAGUACGUAGAGUUGUUGAUUUUCAAGGGCUGGUCUCCUUGUUUUUGAAUACGAGGCUGGUCAUCCUUUUUCAGUUUAUAGAAUAUAAAGCCGGUACAAGCUGCUAGCUAGAAGGAGUAAUUCGAGAAGGUCAGGUGAUCAUCGUACGUAGAAACAAUAAAUGGCUCCAGUUUCAUUUCCUCCUGGUUUUAGGUUCCACCCCACCGACGAGGAACUCGUUGCUUACUACCUCAAAAGAAAGAUUAAUGGCCGUGAGAUUGAAUUGGAGGUCAUCCCUGAAGUUGAUCUCUACAAAUGUGAACCAUGGGACUUGCCGGGGAAGUCAUUAUUGCCGAGCAAAGAUCUGGAGUGGUAUUUCUUUAGUCCACGGGAUCGCAAGUAUCCCAAUGGAUCAAGGACUAAUCGUGCAACAAAAGCUGGCUAUUGGAAAGCCACAGGGAAGGAUCGAAAAGUGAACUCUCAGACGCGUGCUGUGGGAAUGAAGAAAACCCUAGUUUACUACCGAGGGAGAGCACCUCACGGUGCUCGAACAGGUUGGGUUAUGCAUGAAUACCGUCUGGACGAGAGAGAAUGUGAAACUGCUUCAGGCUUGCAGGACGCAUAUGCGCUUUGUCGUGUGUUCAAGAAGAGUACAACUGGUCCCAAGAUUGGAGAGCAGCAUUAUCCUCCCAUAACUACCAAUCAACUCAUGACUAGCGAACACUCAUCAAGCAUUGAUCUAUAUUCCGAGGGAAGAUGUGAAGAUUUGGAGAGCUCCAAUUAUCCAAUGCAAUAUGAUUCCUGCUCGUCCAGCAUGCUAACUGGGUCAUCGCAGCUUGAUAUCACUACUGGAACAAGAACAGAUGGCAAAUGGAUGCAGUUCUUAUCCGAAGAUGCAUUUAACUUCACACCUCCACCACUUCCAAAUUAUGAAACCGUUUCAUACCCUCCAUCAAAGGUUGAUAUAGCAUUAGAGUGCGCGAGGUUGCAGCAUCGAUUCUCACUUCCUCCAUUGGAGGUUAAGGAUCAUGAUCACUUCUCUCAAGCUGAAUUCAGUGACUUCAGAAUGUCACAGUCAAUCCCCUUACACGAAAGUACUGCACAUGAAACUGAUAUUUUGCAGGAAAUCCUUUCUGUAGCUCAAGCUUCGCAGGAACUGAUAAAUCAAUCCAACCUUCCGGACACAUGGGGUGGAAAUUAUGCCCCUGAUGAUGAUUUUUCUUUUCUGAUUGACAGAGAUACCCACAAUCAAGCUGGUGACUUGAGUUUAUAUGAGAGAUACAUUGACAAGUCCUGGGAAGAUUCAAGUACAAUUAGGACAAUACAGAUUAAUGGAGAUCUGGAUCAUGAAGAUCAUCAGACAGAGAGGCUGGCUACAGAGAACUUAAGAUGGGUGGGAAUGUCAAACAAAGAUAUGGAGAAGAGUCAUGUUAUGGAAGAACACAAGAUUGUUCCAAUAGAAGAUAUUUCAAGCAGCUUCCGAAGAAGAGAAGAGAGUGAUGAGUUUCAAGGAGAAAGCGGGGACAACAAACGCUGUAAGGAAUUCAAUGACACAGAGAUAAACAUGAUCAGUCUCCAGCCACUUGAAUUCAUCAACGAGGAUGCACCAAAUGAGAACUUGCAACUUGAUGAUGGAAUUAACACGUAUCGUGAAGAUUAUUCAAGUUCUCCAAGCUUCGAGGUCAUUGAGGAAGUAAGAUUCAAUCACGGAAUGUUCAUUUCAACUCGCCAGGUGGCCAAAACAUUCUUUCACCAAACAGUGCCUUCGCAGACAGUUAAGAUCCACCUAAACCCAGUGAUGAUGAGCAAGUUCUCAAUUGAAAAGGCAGAUAAUUCCCAUAUAGGAUCAGAUAAUAAAGACUCUUUCUUUGGAAAGUUCAAGGCUGUCAUCUGUAUGGUCGCACUUUCUUUGGUGCACAUAUAUCAUGUUGGAGGAUAUAUGGAGGAAGAGAAAUUGAUAGUGGAUGGCUUUUCUGCAACUGGGAAAGUGCUGAAAGGUUGCUCUAACUACAUGAAAUACAGAAAUGUCAGAAAAAGAUCACCUGCAAGAUCAAUUGAGGCGGAUCAUGAUCAUAGGAAGAAUGAACAUGAGGUUUCAGUGGUGAUUAAAACGUCGGAAGGUGGGAAUAGUUUGAGUGCUUUUUCCAAGAGUACAAAGAUUUUCCUCACCGUUUCUUUGGCUGUUUGUACCGUGUGGGCCAACCGCAUUAUAUAUGCCAACACUUGAUUUCCUCUUUUUCUUUCCUUUUUUCUACUUUACUUUCAUUUUCUAACGAUAGUUUCUAAUUAAUUAUUUGAGUGGGCAUAAGUCAGCCUUCUCCACAUAUUGUAGGCAUGACGUACGUCUCAUUAUACUUGUACUUUAUAUAUUAUU